UCUGCAUUGUAAGUAGCUCUGAGAGCAGCAAGUAGUGGCGGCCGUUUUUCAACCUGUUUUUGUUUUCUCGAGGAGCAGGAGAACGAGAAGGAGAAGUGUCAGGAGGAAGAACACAGAGUUGAAAAAGUCUCAGCUGGGUUUUUUCUAAAAGAUAGAAAGAAGAAGCUGUAGGAGGAGGAGUGGGAAAGAAGCCAGGAGGAACACAAGGCAGCAAUGGAUAGAAGAGUGGUUCAGUCUGACCCUGGGAUGGCCUGGAUUCUCACACUGCUGCUGGCCACCAGCCAGCACACGCACUGCUAACGCCAACGAGCUCCCAUGUUUUCGUUCAGCCAUGCUCCCUGGGUAUGGAUUCUCACUUUUUCCUGAUUUCCACCCUCACCUUCAUGCUUUCCGCUGCGGGGGAGAGAGCCCCAGCAUGUGGAUCCCCGGCUCAGGAGAGUCCCCGGCUCUGAGCGAGGUCCAGGAGGACAGGCCGCUCCUCCACCCGUGCCAUCUCAAGCAUGUUGCAGUGUGCCAGGAGGAAACUUUGGCUUUUAUUGAGCUACAACCACCAGUGACUCCGAAACUAAACGGGCUCAGCUCCCCAAGGCCGGCUGUUAUUCCAGAUGCACAAUGCAUAACACACACUCUUUCAUUGAGUGGUUACAGACACACACUAAAUGAGCUGAAUGACAUGAAGAACGGCUGCCACAGGACAGACAAUGAACAUGAAACACUUUUAAACUCUCAUACAAGUGUGGGCGAUGGUGAACCUGUGCGGACUGAAAAGCCACAAACUGUCACAACAGUAUGUCGUCCCCCCCACACAGCUCUUAGCCUCCCUCUGUCGUUCCCUCUGUCCUCUCUGUACACAAACACGGACUCAUGGGAAUCUCAGGUACCUUGUUCACCAUCCUCACCUGAAGGUCCAGGGUGUCUGAGCCCAAACACCGGCCAGCUGCAGAGGAGAACAUCACAAGGCUCAGUGAAAGAAAAGUCUAUCCGGCGAAAGAUGCAGGUUUAUUCUCCAGAUAGCACGAGUGAUGAGUCUCUCAGCAGCCCGAUCCUGGACUACAUCUUCCCUGGACCUUUUGCAUCCUUUCUGGAGGAGGACCUCAGUGGAUUAUCCUCCCUGGAGGCGAUGUCAAGUCCCUCAUCCACAGACGGUGCUACAGAUCUCCCAGGCCUCAGUCAUGAGGAUAUUUUUAAUCUACCCACAGAACCACUGGAGAUAAUACAGGACUCAAUACUGGGGAUGAGGGAAGAUGGCGGGAGUGUAGAGAUGUCCAGUGCCACGGGGGGCAGCAUUUUGUCACGCAGUCGUCAUGGAGACCAAGAGCGGCGACGCUUCUCAGCCUCAGAACUCAUAUCGAGACUUCAGCUGUCUCAGAGGAAGAACUCCUUCACCCUGAAGCUGGGGAAGUCGCUGUCAGCACGGGUCGCCUCCAGGGACCGACAGAGCUCCAACAGCCUCUGUCCCAACCCCGACUAUAAGUCCAGCUCCAGGCACCACAGCUCAGGAGGUUCUAGUAACAGCGCCCCCCACAGUCCUGAAGGACCUGCACCUCCUCUGCCCAGCAGUGACAAUGGGAUGCCGUUGCAUAGAUGGAGCACAAAACUCGGAAUGCGAAAGAAAUCCAUUGAAGACGACUCGGCCACACUUCCAACUGUUAGUAAUUCAAAUCGGCUGUCAAGGUUUUUACCGAGUUCGAUUCUGUACCAGGAAUACAGCGACGUCGCCAUCAACCGAGAGAUUCAGAGGCAACAGGGGAAGGAGCCGGGCACCGAGGACGAGGGGCUAAGGGACGAGGGGUCCGACGGGGGGGGCCCGUCUCCAUCCAACCUGUCUCCAUCCAGCUCCUUCCGCUCCUCACGAGGUUCUGCUUUCGCACUGUGGCAGGAUAUACCCGAUGUAAGAACCAGUGGUCAGCUCGACAAUUUCAGCAAUGAGGAGAGGAAAUUACAAGAGGCAAAGUUUGAGCUGGUGACGUCUGAAGCAUCGUACAUCCGCAGCCUCACCAUCGCCGUGGACCACUUCAUGCUGUCGCAGGAGCUCGCCGAGUGUCUUGGAGCUCAGGAUCGGCAGUGGCUCUUCUCCAAGCUGCCUGAGGUCAAAGAUGUCAGUGAGAGGUUCCUCCAGCACCUGGAGCGCAGACUGGAGCUCGACAUUCUGCGUUUUGAUGUGUGCGACAUUGUCCUGGAUCACUGCCCGGCUCUGCGAAGGGUUUAUUUACCUUAUGUAACCAACCAGGCCUACCAAGAACAGACAUACCAGCGUUUGCUGCACGACAACCCUCGGUUCCCCGGCAUCCUGGCUCGUCUGGAGGAGGACCCCAUCUGCCAAAGACUUCCCCUGACCUCUUUUCUAAUCCUCCCAUUUCAGAGGAUCACACGGCUUAAAAUGCUGGUGGAGAAUAUCUUAAAGAGGACAACACCGGGCUCCCGAGAUGAGGACACUGCCACGAAAGCUUUCAAUGAGCUGAAAAAGAUCAUCAAAGAAUGUAACUCCAGUGUACAGUCGAUGAAGAGGAUGGAGGAACUGAUUCACCUCAAUAAGAAAAUUAAUUUCGAGGGAAAGAUCUUUCCUCUGAUCUCUCAGUCUCGCUGGCUGGUGAAACAUGGUGAACUCCUGGAAGUGGACACGCAGACAAUGAGUAUUUCUGGAUCCAAGCUGAAGUUACCCACCAAGCCGGUGUACCUGCACCUGUUCAACGACUGUCUCCUGCUGUCCAGGAGGAAGGAUACCUGGAAGUUCAUGGUGUUCGUACAUGCCAAGAUAGGUGAGCUGAAAGUGAAGGAUCUCAGUCAGAAGCUGCAGGGCAUCUCAGGCUUCAUCUUCCACCUGCAGCUGUGUGAAGGCCAGCAGCUCAAACACCAGAUCCUGCUCAAAUCCCACACUGAGAGCGGGAAGCACAGAUGGAUCACAGCAAUGUUUCCCUCGAAUCCUUUGGAAGACAUCGAGCAGGCCAAUGAGAAUGAUGAUAUAUCCCAGGUCCAGUGCAUCAAAAGCUAUCAGGCCCAGGAGCACGAUGAGUUAACACUGGAAAAGGCCGACAUUCUUCACGCAAAGACCAUUACAAGUGAUGGCUGGGUGGAAGGCAUCCGACUGUCGGAUGGGGAACGGGGCUGGUUCCCCAAAACCUACGUGGAGGAAAUCACAAGUCGCAGCGCGCGGCUCCGCAACCUCCGGGAAAAUAUCCGCAUCAAAUGUGUCACACAGAAACUGGAGGGAGAUGAGUGACGAGCUUAACAGCAGCUCGUCCUGUGUCAGAGGUGCAAUUUAGCCGUUUAAUUUUAAGGCUUAUGGAUCAUUCCUUUAAUUCUAGAUGGAUGUGGGAGCCUUAUGUAGUUUGCAGGUUCUUUCAAAAGGCAACACUUUUGACUGCUCUUACUAAUUUCCUUUACCAUGCUAACUAUUACAGUACAAAGCUUCUCCUUCUCCACCACAGUUUUACAAUAACACAAAUUCAUACAACAUAAGUCUGCUGGCAACAGUUCACAUUAAGAUAUUUUAGCAGUUUUCCACUCUGUAUUUCCUAAACCUUUUAUGAGCUUUUGCUUUGUGCAUGCUGCCUGUGAAGACAUUUUAAUACCAUUUAAAAUCAGAGAAAAAAAUCUAGUAUCUCUAUUAUAAUUGUGGAGGAUACUGUGCAUGAAUGCACAUUAAGUAGAAUGCAUCCUAAACACAUCUAAAGAUAAAUGUUUUCAUAUCAGACGAGAUCAACUCUUAUCAGCAGCAUGAGGUUAAUUUAGCGUCUGUGACUUGUGCAGUAAACUGAGCUCUGUGAGGUGCAGGACUUUAUUCAUGUGUUAUUACCACAGUAGAAAGUCAUCUGAGGCAGAUCCUGCUGCUGAGCUUCAUCCCACACAUCACAGGCUUAUUAUCUUUGGUCUUUGUUCUGAUGCUUUCAUUACACUACACUACACAACAGAAGCACUACAGCGCACCAGUUAGUUUCCCUCCAUGUGUUAAAGACGUGGAUUGUUAAAAUAAGCCUUAAUAUUUAUUAAAAAUGACAACACCAUCCCAGUAUAUACUGUAAAUGGUGUGUAGCAAAAGUAAUCCGGCCUGCAUGAACACUCACAAUUGGGUUAGGGUUAGUUUUUUUUUACUUAAGCAGUAAUGUCUGGCUCUCUCUUUAGAAGGCUGCACUACACAAAUACUUUCAAUGCUCCAAUAGAAUGUUGAAGUAAAUAUUUUUUAAACUCCAUGACAGAACCAAAGCACAACAAUACAUUGAUCUUACUGACAAGUAUUGUCUAUCAGAGCUUAUUCUCCUGCUUCAUAAAGUUACUAAUGGGACUUCACACCAUCCUACUGUUGUAAAUACCAACUAGAGUAUUAAAUAUAUAUAUAUAUAUAUAUAUAUUAAUCUGCUACUGAAAAUAGUCCCUGCCAAAUUCACUGUUUACUCAGGUUGAAGUUCCCAGCUAUUUUAGUGAUUUAUGAAAUAUUUUUUUAGAUAUAUGCUCAUGACCUGUCUGUUUUUAAAGGCAUUGAGCCCCUGGCAGGAUAGAAUCAGCUUUUCAUUUAAAGUAGUAAAAAAAAAUACCCAAUUCAAAAUGUGCAAAUUAAGCUUCAAAAGUACAGAUCAAUUUAGCAGCAGUUCAGUGAGGCUUGAUGUUAUUGCAUUACACUAAUACAAUACAAAACAAUAGCACUGAGUUGAAUUAAAGCCUUUAUAUCAAUAGUGUUAAAAUCCCCACGUGAUCAAUAGUGCAGUGUAACUGUGCUAAAUCUGUCGUUAAUGAACCACUAUAAUCAACAUUCAAAUGUAAACUCUACCAGUGGCACAUUAAAUGUUUAUAACCCAACUUUUUUUUUCUUUCUCUAAGUUGUUAGUUGUAAUUUAAGUGGUUGCUAUGGCUGCCUGUGUAUUUAUACUCCUCUAGCUGGUUGUUCUCUAAGGAGAUUCUUGAUGUAAAUGUACUUUUCUGUAGAUGGCCACAUGUAAAAAUAGUAGAAAAUUGUUCAUUUACUUUUUUUAACAGUAAUUUAUAUAUAAAAAGAUAUCAUGGCAUUCCAUAGUAAUAAACUUUGCAUUCAGAGUGAUUUCUACUACCACAGUGAAUAAAGAUACUGUGAUACACUGGAUGUUUACUGGAUAUCUCAACACUACUGUAAAUGUUUAACCACUGAAAU